AAAGAAAAUUCCUAUAUCAAAGAUGUCCGGAUUGCGGCCAAGGGUUUAAAUGUUACUAAUUGUUGGCUUUGCAUGCAUUCCCGAGGUCUUAUCCCGCCUUUGGGAGUUGCUAUGAACUAUAGGGAUAUUCAUAUUUUAAAUAAUUUUACUGUUGCUAUGUUUAAUGAUACUAUAAAGAACAUUAAGAUGAUUAAUGUAGAAAUGUCUGAAAUUCGUAAAGUUACUUUGCAAAAUCGAUAUGCUUUAGAUAUUAUGUUAGCUGCCAAAGGAGGAGUUUGUGCUUUAAUUCAUUCUCAUUGCUGUGUUUUUAUACAUAAUUAUGAGCCAAACAUUACAAAGACUGUUCAGGAC